AAGAGAUUGUUUGGAUCCUAUGUGUGAUAGCAAUGGACACUGCUUCAAAUGCAAACUGGCUUUCUUGGAAACAAAUGUGAGAAAUGCCAAGUGGGACUAUAUGGUCAAAAUUGUGACAUUAACUGUCCAAUCGGAUGUGCAAACAAUAAUUGUACCACUGAAGGUGUUUGCUAUAGUUGUAAGUCUGGAAAAUAUGGAAUAGACUGCACGGGAUCCUGCUCAGUCGGUUGUGACUUUAAUAGCUGCUUUGACAAUGGUGACUGCCCUAAAUGUAGGAAGUUGUUUACUGGAAGAAAAUGUGAUCAAUGUAUCGAUGGAAAGUUUGGAGACAAUUGCGGCCUAAACUGUUCGACAACCUGCUUAGCCUGUUAUUCGUUGACAAAUUGUUCAGCAUGUGUGGAAAAGCACUGGGGAAAUACCUGUCAGCAAUGUCCCACAAACUGCUUAAAUUGUUCCUCGAAUAGCAUUUGCUCAUUAUGUGUCAAAGGAUUUCAUGGACAAAUAUGUAAUGAGCAAUGCAAUGUUAACUGCCUUGAUGGUCACUGUAAUCAACUGUAUGGAAAUUGCAGCGAAGGGUGUGUAGAUGGUUUUUACGGAGAAGCUUGCGAUCUGAAAUGUAGCCCGUACUGUGCGAAUUCUAUUUGUGGCAGAGAAAACGGGAAUUGCUUACAUGGAUGUAAGGCCGGACACAAUGGGACAAAGUGCUCUCAGACUCUUGAAUUGAAAGAAGAGGGCAAUGGCGACAUGAAUGUUGUCAUUGGAGCAACAGCUGGUGGUGUACUUAUAUUGAUUGUGAUUUUAGUCAUUGUAAUAACUAUAAUACUGAUCAAAAGGCGUCGACGAGGGGACAAACAAGACAAUAAUAACAAAGGAACUAAAACAGAAGAUGCAAAUAUGACAUACAGUGAGAUAAAUGACAUCCAUAUGACGGCUGAAAACAACCAUACAGAUGACAUUGAAACAGAAAGAGAAAACAUUAAUUACAGUGAAAUACAAGAUGCUGUUUUGUCGACGAAAAGUCAAGAAUCGGAUAACGUAUAUGCCAAACCUAUCAAACCUAAGAGAAAAACAGAAGGAGUAAAAUCAUUAAACAAAACUUCAACAGAAGUAACAGUUAAUAAUCCUACCUACGAGAAACCAGACACCAGUCAAACAGAAACGGUCAAGACGAACAAAAUCAAGAAACCUCCCAUUGCGUCUAAACCUGCCAAAAAGUAUGACAACAAUGUAAUUCCAAGACCAACUGGUAUGCAACCGACAUCAAACGUUUCACACAUUCAAAAUGAUGCCGCUCUAGAAAUAGAGGAGGAUAUUGACCGCUUGUCUAGCAGAUCUAAAUCAGUAUUCCUAGAAGAACAAAAGGCAGCAGAACUUGAUAAUGUAGACACAUACUACAAUGUGGCAGCUGUUAUAAAGAGGAAAAUAACUAUUGAUAAACUACCGGAAUUUGUUGCCAAGAAGACAAAAAAAGAUUUUGUUGAUGAGUUCCAGUCUUUACCAGCCAUGUUGAUCAAGCCAUAUGUUGACUCCCAGAAAAGGGAAAACCGCUCUAAAAAUCGCUACAAAGGGAUUUAUCCAUAUGAUGAUUCCCGUGUUGUUUUGAAAGAAGGUGACUCAGACUAUAUUAACGCCAGCUACAUAGAUGGAUACAACAAGAAUAAAGCGUACAUUGCUUCGAUUGGUCCGACCUUUAAAUACAUGGGCGAUAUGUCAGCGUUUUGGAUAAUGGUUUGGCAGGAACAUGUCGGAAAAAUUGUUAUGUUGACAAACCUUGAGGAAGGCGGAGUACCAAAAUGUGAUCAGUAUUGGCCGGAGAAAGAUUUCAGUCUCAUGUUUGCUAACAUACAAGUCACGUGUCAUACUGAAGAGAACUACGCCGACUAUACUUUCAGAUCAUUUAGUGUUCAAAAGGAUUCUAUCAAAAGAGAAAUAGUUCAAGUUCAUUUUACUGCUUGGCCUGACAAAGGAACGCCUGAUGACGUCACGAGUUUGAUAGAAUUUAGACAGAAGGUUAACAGUACUAAGACUAAACUAGAUGGCCCUAUUUUUGUACACUGCAGCGCCGGAAUAGGUAGAACUGGUACGUACAUUGCUUUAGAUAGUAUAACAAAUGAGGGCGAGACCGAGGGAGCAGUAGAUAUAUACGCAUUUGUAAGGAAUAUGAGAGAACAGAGGGUAAACAUGAUACAAACAGCUGAACAAUACCAGUACCUUCAUAACGCCUUAGUUCACACUCUGACCUUUGACAGUAAAGCUGUUGAGGCCUCUGUGUUUAGUGACUAUAUGAAGACGCAUACUGAAGCUCAUCUUGGAAAUAUGUUUGAGAAGCUUCAAGCGUCUGUUGAACAAAGAUCUGAUGAUGAACAGGAAGCUGUUAAACGAAACAAGGCUUUAGUAAAUAAGAACAGAAACGGUGCUGAUAUCCCAGGAGAUCGUAACAGACCUCGGCUAUUCAUGGCUAAAACUCUAGGUCAAUCAGAUUACAGUAAUGCAGUGUACGUAAAUAGCUUCAAAAACGUGAAUCGUUUCUUGAUAGCACAAACUCCUUUACCAGACACGGUUGAGGACUUUCUUACAUUAAUUGUUCAAGAAAAGGUUUCAUGCGUCAUCGGUAUGGAAACAACGUUGUCAGGAAAUAAGGACGUUGGAAUUUACUGCCCUGUGGAUAACCAAACGUUAAGAAAAGGGGCCUUUACGAUAAAAACUGAACGAGGAGAUGGGACAGACCAAUAUCAGUUAAAGAAAAUGAAAAUAUCAUAUAAAAGCAAAUCUGGAUCAGAAGAGCUUAUAGUUCCACAUGUUCAGUACAUACAAUGGGAUAACAACAAGAGCAUUCCUGAAGAGCCCGUCAAGUUUGUACAGUUUGUUAAAGAUAUGGAACUAAAAUUUAGCGGAACUGACACAAACCGACCGAUGCUGAUCCAUUGCUUAACUGGAGCCAAAAAAGGGGGAUUAUUUUGUGUUGUAUCAACUUUGUUGGAGAAAACACAAAUUGACCAGGAAGUGAGUGUCGCAAACACCGUACGACAAGUAAAAUAUAGAAGACAUGUGGCUAUACCAGAUAAAGAACAGUACAUUUUUUGCCAUCAUUGUGUCAACGAGUAUUUACGAACAUUCGAUAUCUACUCAAACUUUGAACUGAAGACAUAGAUAUUCAAAGACAGUUUUUCUUGACGACAAAAUCAAACAUGUAUUUUUUUGUAAAUAGGUGUUUGUUAUUGAUGUUGAAGUUUAUUUUUAUAUCACCUGCUUCAUUUACCUACAUUUUAUCAGAGUUCUUUACCCUUUAUAUUUUUUUUUCCGUUUGAUCAAAUUUUAACACUUGUUGAAGACUAUAAGAACCUACCUAUUACCAGCUAAUGAUCAGUACAACCUCUACAGAGGAAUACCUUUUGGUAGACAAAUGUAUUGCAUAUUACCGAGAGGUGUUACCCAAGGAAAAGCCAUACACUUUGAAAAGUUCUACUUUCAAAGAAUAUUUCGUCACCUUAGUGCAAUAACCGAUAAACUGCUACUGAAUUUAGAAGGACUUGUUUCGUCAUUGCACUAAGGCGUCGAUAUACUGGUGUUUUAAAGUGGUCACUACUUUAAAAAGGACAGUCCUGUUGAGGUUUGUGCUAAGAGGCGGAAAGGAAUAUCUUAUCAUUUAAACAGCUCAGGCAGGGAACAUGCACGCUAUUUGCCUUGUCGUUUUGGAUGGAAAGGACGUUUUAACUUUUGACUCUUUAAUGUCACCAUUUUGUACAUGCUGCCCUGUUAUAAUAAACGAAUGACGAAAUACGCGAUAUUCACAUAUACAAAUAUACAGUGACAUAGAAGGUUCUAUACAGAAGGGUACCACAUUAUUUCAACAUUUCGAGGAUCCAAAGAGCCAAAAUUUGUAGGAGGCGAAAAACUCUGACUGAAAAAAGUUAUAUUCAAGAAACACACACUUGUUAUAUAAUAAUUUGUUGUUGUUUCAUUGGUUUGAUAAUACUGAAUGUUUUAUUUGACAUUUUCCCUUUUUAUUGAAUAUUUUAUUACAUGUCGAAUUGAUAAAUAAUGUGGAAGAAAACGAAAACAUAC